AUGUCCACCUGCAUCUCCUCUCUGGCAGAUGCCAAUAUUGCCAUGGUGACAGGGGCUACAAUCACCCUCUGUGAGAAUACUAUCUAUUCCGUUGGAGCUCCCCUCGAUUCCACAUUCUCAUCCUUUCCUGGCGGACUGCCAUUGAUUGUGGAUGUGGCAGAUGUUACUAUUCAAUGCGGAAUAAGUGGAGCCUCUUCUGGGAAUUGUACCAUGGAGGGUGGCUUUGCACAACUACUACUGGGAAGUCCCAGCGAUGUCACUUCGACGUCCAACAAUUUGAAGGUGAAUGGAUUGACGUUCACCGGUAUCAUGGAAAGUGCGCUGAGCGGAACCUCGGCACCUCGGCCGGUAGUGGCCACCAACUCUGGGACUGGCAUUGUCUUUAAUGAUUGCAUAUUCAAGGAUAUACAAUCGACAGGCUAUGUGGUCUAUGUUGCCCCCGACGCUCUGAUUGGGAUGCAAUUGACGAUACAAAAUUCUGUCUUUUCCAACAUUGGUUUCAGUUUUGAUGCGAUCUAUGCCGAUGCCGAUUCUCAAGUUUCGCUCGAGAAUGUUACCUUUGCCAACAUGACUCACCUGUUGCCAGAAGAUGAUGUCGACAAGUGCGCUGACUUGACAGCGGCCACCUGCGACUACACUAGUUCGCUCAUUCAUUUCCAAAGCCCGUUCUCGAUACUCACCAACAUUGCCGUAUCCGACAGCAUCUUUUACACGGCAAUCUUGGAGACGUCUUUUGAAUAUAUCAUUGAUACUGCUACACCAUUGAUCGAAGUUUCCAACACUAGCAUCUACAACGAGGAGGAUCGAAUAGCCAAUGAGGACUAUUGCGUUGGCGGAUAUGCUGCCGACUUUGAUGUCACCUUCAACAACUGGUACUGCCGACGAUUGACAGCCGUUCACGAUGUGUACGAAUUGUUGAAAUGUGGAAUCGACUGCAACCAAUUCGAUACCUUCACUACCUUUAUCAGUCUGUUGGAAGCGACGGAUUUGUAUGACUCCAUUGCGGACAUGAAAAACAUUACAGUGUUUGCGCCCACCGACUUCGCCUUUACGCGAUUGCCAGAUGGAUACCUUGACAGGCUCGUGGCAAAUGAUACAACUACUCUCAAGGAAAUAUUGCAGUAUCAUUUCACUUCCGAAGAUCCCAUUCAUACUGAAGCAAUUUCAUUUGGUCUUCCAGCAGCUGAAACUCUUCAGGGCGAAUCGGUCUCCUUUACUCCACAAAAGGAUACCUCUGGUGUGCACAUGGUCGAUGGGGCUAGCAUCAUAGUUUCGGAUUGGGAAGAAUCUCCAGGGACAGGAAACAUUGUUCAGGUUAUUGACAAUGUGCUCUUUCCCUCGACGGUCGUGAUCGAUCCGUCAUUAAUUGAAUUGUUGGAAGUCCUUGAGUUGACAGGGAUCCUCAAUGCUGCACUGUCCAUCGGGUAUGAACCAGAAUUCAACAUUUCCAAGACUUAUACCUUCUUUGCUCCCAGCAAUGAAGCCUUUGCCAAUUCUACUCUGGUUCAGGGCUUGUUGAAUGUUACUGGCAAGACGCAGGCUCAAAGGGGCGAAGACAUUGAGCAGCUGGAACAGAUUUUCAUGCACCACUUUUUGGAAGGCAACUAUAGCAUGGAAGACUUCCAAGACGUUGCAGCAUUUUGCUGGGAACAGCCAUCACUUGCUGGAAAGAACAUCAAGUUCACGACGGUGGGCUUCAAUCUCACGUUGAACGAUGAUACUUUGAAUGAGACUAGGGUCGAUGUGCAAGCGCAUCAUGGGGUGUUACAUGUGAUUGAUGGUGUUUUGGACCCCAAUGAGAUUUCGAGCUGUUUCAACAUUGCAGGCGCCGUCGGGAUUUCAUUGAGUACUGCUCUUUUGGCUACAAGUGUAUUGGGAGUGACAUUUGCUUUACUUGUGUAA